UUUGCCACAAUCAAAGAUCUGAAUUUCUCCCACUGCUAAAAUGAAUGCCUACAAAGUGACCAUUGAGACUGGGACAAUUGGGGGUGCAGGAACCCAGAGUUAUGUUUACUGCACCUUGAUCGGAGAGAAGGGAGUGAGCCACAAGGCCAGCGUCAACAGGUGGCUGCAUUGUGAUCUGAAGCAAGGAUCUGUGGGUCACGACGAAAUUGCAAGUAAUCGGGACCUUGGGACCAUUUAUUUUGUGGAGCUGCAAGUAAUUCCGUUCAUCGGUCAAGAUUGCUGGUUCUGCUGCUGUGCGAUGGUGGAGAUUCCUGAGGGAAACCUCUUCCAUUUCCCCUGCUACAAGUGGCUAGCAGACAAUAACAUAGACCUCAGGGAAGGAACCGCGAAGAGAUUCCACGAUGAUUCUAUGGUGUCCCAGCUCCAGUUGCAUCGCCAAGCUGAACUGUGGGAGAAACAGCUGCACUGCCGUUUUGCAGAAGUGGGACUGAAGGAGAUUGUGAAAAAUUUAGAACACCCUUGGACCUCUGUUGAGCACUUUGAUCACAUCUUUUGGAAAGUCAACAAUCCCAUUGCAGUAUUUGCAAAAGAUCAUUGGAAGGAGGAUUGGUUCUUUGAAAACCAGUUCUUGAACGGCUUCAACCCAGUCCUGAUAGAGAAAUGCAACAAAAUCCCAUCGAGCUUCUGUGUGACAGAUGAAAUGGUCAGGAUGUCUCUCAGGAACUCCACGCUGAAGCAACUGAAGCAGACCCCGGGAGAAGACAAUCCCAUUUUCCUUCCCUCGGACGCUGAGCUCGACUGGAUGCUGGCCAAGAUGUGGGUGCGGAGCUGUGACUUUCAACACUUUAAGUUGGUCUCCCACCUUCUGAAGACUUACCUGAUGGCUGAGACAUUCAGCUUGGCCACUCUGAGGCAACUGCCGUCUUUGCACCCCAUUUACAAGCUUCUGGCUCCUCAUGUGAAGUACAUGAUGCACAUCAACAACCCAUGUGAGAUUGAAACUGAAAGGCGAUGGUGGAUUUAUCUGCCAAGUAAGUUCUGCUUUACAUAA